AACACCCCCUGCGGCAUGCCACGCGAUCCGUCCCUGGAAACAAAAUCAACCCUUUUAGGCACGACUUUUGUAAAGGCCCCUCUGAAGGACUUUCUAAAAUUCCCAAAACCCCAAGAAAACAAAACAAUCAUGUCAAGGUAGAAAUAUCAUGGCGCUGACAACCUAUGGAGCACAUCUAGGUUGUCUGUAACAGAAAAAUGGCUUCUAUUUGGGGAAACGACAAGCAUCAGCAUAAUAACAGCAAUGGAAAGCUCCCGGCUUGGAAGAGGCUUUCCAGCUUGGUGAGGCGAGGUUCUAACAAACGCAACAGCAACGGCCACGCGUAUGCACCAUCGCUGCAGAAGGUGCAAUCCGGACACCGUGUCUUGGAGACGUCAGUAUCGACGCCGCACUUGCUGGGAAAACACGACCACGAUGCCAAAGACACGACCGCAGACGUCGACAGCGUCGGCCACAUCAGCUCCCUGAAAGCGCCACUGCUCGAGGUCAAUCUCGAACCUCUUCGGUCCUACCGGCUUGCCGACGGCUGGCUCGACAAUGACGACCCUCCUCCUCCUACACCACCGCCCAAAGACGACAUAAUAAUCGGCAGAGAUGCCAAACGGAACAGCUCGACGCCCAUCGCCGACCUGUUCUCCAAAAGUACGGAUCAGCUAGCCACGGCGCUGCAGACCAUCAGCCGCAAGCCAGUCCCGCCCAAGGCCGAGCCGUCAAUUCCCGAGCCGGCAGUCCCAGAGCCAUCAAUCCCCGAGCCCUCAAUACCAGACACCAGCAAUGAGGCCGCAUCUAUAUCACAACAGCCUCAGCGGCAAUUGUCGACGGCCAGCGACACGAGAGGUCGUCGUCCGUUGACAAUUGCCGUCGAUCAAGACGCCUCAGCUUCCGUGGCAGGUCAACCCAUACGCAUCUCUCUCCGCGACUCGAGCGUUGGCUUCGAAGGCGAAACCAAGCCCACACACAAGAGACAACAUUCUGCCCGCAAACCCAUCAGGGCCUCGUGGGGCGGCGGCGGCGGCAGCGGUGGCGUCGAAACCGUGCCUGCGUCACCACUGGAAGGCGCUCCUUCCGAUGCUGCCGGAAAGUCCACAGUCAAGCAGGUGAACCUGCUUCGAUCCGUCGGCAACAACACUUCAGGAAUGCGAGUGACGGGUGCUUCCAGUGGUGCCGGCAGCAGUGUGGACGACGUCAUCAAGCGCCACUCGAUGCCUUCGCCGACGGAGCUACAGUUUGCUAGCGCCAACCUCAACCGCACCAAGGACUCCAUCGCCACACGUACGUCCUCGCCCGUGACGGCUCUGAGGCCGCCACUUGCCCCUGCGGAUGAUGCACGCAGGCGGACGUGGCAGCCGCCAGUGUCUCCGGCGCUCACAAACAGCAGCACCAACAGCAGGCGGUCCGUCUCGGGCAGCCGGCCGCCGUCGACGGCCCUGACAUCAAGCCGUCUGGCGUGGAUCCGCGAGCUCGAGGGAGGACGCAAGAACAAGUCCAUGUCUGGCUCCGACAGCAAAGCCCUCAGGGACGUGGGAGGCGGCGUGGCCGGCAAGCUCGCCAUGUUUGAGCAGAAGCAGCAGCAGGCCAAGCCCCCGAGCGCGGUGAUCGGUCGCUCCAACUCCAACACAAGCAGGGCCAGCCGCAUGUCGAUCUCGGUGGUCGGCACCAGCUCUAACGAAGAUGACGUGCCCACGACGAGGCGUACCUCGGUCGAAUCAACGCGGUCGACUGUUGCCCCCGUCAUGGCGUACUACGACGAGGCGUUCCGCGAGAAGAUGGAGGGAUUGACGCAGCUGGCCACCAAGCGACUGAAUGGCGAGGACGACAAGCCCGAGUCGCAGCAGGACGGUCUGAGGAAGGUGACGGCUCGCAUGGUCGAUUUGGAUACUGCCAAGAAGACAGCCAAGCCCGUCGUCGAGGAGAAGAAGCCCGUGGAGCAGGCUGUUGUGAAGCCGGCGGUGGAGACAACUGUUGAGAAGCCUGUGGAGGAACAGACUGCUCCCAAGCCAGUGGAAGAGCAGACUGUCGAGAAGCAUGUUGAAGAAGAGACUGCUGCUAAGCCCGCUGAAGAGGAGCCAGUGGCCAAGUCGGCAGAGGAGCCCGUGGUCGAGCCAGUUGAGGAGCAAUCGGCUCCCAAGCCGGCGGAAGCGGAGGUUGUCGAGAAGCCCGCGCAAGUGCAGCCCGAGUCCCUGCCGGUGGCGGAGCCCGUGGCCACUCCGGUUCAAGAGCCUUUGGCUGUGGAGCCAGUCGAGGAGCAGGCUGUCGUCAAGCCAGUGGAGAGCAGCCAGGAGCAGGAGAAGGCGGUUGAGCAAGAGGAGCAGCCUGCAUCAAAGCCGGAUGAGAAGGUUGUGGCAGAGCAAGCCGAAGUGAAGGUCGAGGUCAAGUCGGAGGACAAGGCAGAGGAGAAGACGGAGGAGAAAGCUGAGAAGGCAGCUGAGAAGGUGGAGUCGCCAGCAGAGCCACUGGCAACUUCGGACUCGCUCAAGAUGUAAUCGGCUCGUAUAUACGAAUGCCAACGUAGCAUGCGUGAGGCGUGAUGAUGGCCUACGGGCCCUCCCGUUGAAUCACCAGAACGGGAGAUGUUUCAUUAGACUGUCCGUCCAGUUGGACUUAGACCGCAAUCGUUUCACAUGAUAAACAUUUCCUGUGUUUAGACAUAAUCUCUUUUCUUGAUAGGCGUUUUGCAUCUUUUUUCUUUUUUUUUUUUUUCUUUUCUUUCAGUUAGCAUAGUCAUUUUACACCCCAAAGCAAUACAGCGAAUCUCAUUUGUAACAGAUACAGAUACAGAUAUAUAUUUCAACAGACAUAGGUCUAGUUCAAGCCUUGGCCGCAUCUUGAC